GUUAGUUUCGUGUGUUUCAUACCAGGCGUUUAUUCCACACGACUCAUUCACUACUCCGGUGUCUUCGGCACAGUGGCGUUGCCACGACUAAUUACCCAAAAGAAUAUCGACAUUCUUUCCAUACUCUUUAAUAGUGAAUAAAUCGCUGUGCCAUCGGGACACCGAAUUUACCAAAAGGAAAUUAAUAACAGCGUCACCAUGGGAAUCAAAUUUCUUGAGGUGAUAAAACCAUUCUGCAGCAUUCUCCCUGAAAUUGCCAAGCCACAGAGAAAGAUUCAAUUCCGGGAGAAGGUACUAUGGACGGCGAUAACACUAUUUAUCUUCCUCGUGUGCUGCCAGAUUCCACUUUUUGGGAUCAUGUCAUCGGACAGUGCUGAUCCUUUCUACUGGAUUCGUGUUAUUUUGGCUUCCAAUAGGGGAACACUUAUGGAGCUGGGUAUCUCGCCGAUUGUCACAUCGGGGCUGAUUAUGCAGCUGUUGGCUGGAGCCAAGAUUAUCGAAGUUGGUGACACCCCGAAAGAUCGGGCGCUGUUCAAUGGAGCACAGAAAUUAUUCGGUAUGGUGAUUACUGUGGGCCAGGCAAUUGUCUACGUGAUGACAGGAAUGUACGGAGAUCCAGCUGAAAUAGGUGCUGGUGUGUGUCUUCUGAUCAUCAUUCAGCUGUUCGUCGCUGGUCUUAUUGUCCUCCUCCUCGACGAGCUCUUGCAGAAGGGUUACGGUCUUGGCAGUGGUAUUUCCCUGUUCAUUGCCACGAAUAUCUGCGAGACAAUCGUCUGGAAGGCAUUCUCACCAGCAACUGUCAACACUGGCCGUGGUACAGAGUUCGAAGGAGCUGUGAUAGCACUGUUCCAUCUCCUAGCUACAAGACAGGACAAAGUCAGAGCCCUGAGAGAAGCUUUCUACCGUCAGAAUCUUCCUAAUUUGAUGAAUCUCCUCGCCACAAUCCUCGUCUUUGCUAUAGUCAUAUACUUCCAGGGCUUCAGAGUGGACCUUCCUAUCAAGUCCACGAGGUACCGUGGCCAGUACAGCAGCUAUCCAAUUAAGCUCUUCUACACCAGCAACAUCCCCAUUAUCCUCCAAUCAGCCCUUGUCUCGAAUCUCUACGUAAUUUCUCAGAUGUUGGCUGUGAAAUUUCAUGGAAACCUGAUUGUCAAUCUGCUUGGAGUGUGGUCUGAUGUUGGUGGUGGUGGUCCAGCCAGAUCCUAUCCAGUUGGAGGGCUGUGCUACUACCUAUCCCCACCAGAAUCAGUCGGACACAUUGUCCAGGAUCCAGUUCAUGCUGUACUCUACAUUCUCUUCAUGUUGGGCUCUUGUGCAUUCUUCUCCAAGACGUGGAUCGAAGUGUCUGGAAGUUCUGCUAAGGAUGUUGCCAAACAACUCAAAGAACAACAGAUGGUGAUGAGAGGACACCGAGACAACUCAAUGAUUCACGAGUUGAACCGUUACAUCCCCACAGCAGCAGCAUUCGGUGGUCUCUGCAUCGGUGCCCUGUCAGUACUCGCUGAUUUCCUCGGUGCUAUUGGCUCUGGCACUGGUAUUCUCCUCGCUGUAACAAUCAUCUACCAGUACUUCGAAAUAUUUGUGAAGGAACAGAGUGAAAUGGGUGGCGUGAGCACACUACUAUUCUAAGUUUCCACCAGUUCCCCACUAGACAUUUGAAAAGUGAAUGUUCAUUUUUUUUUU